AUGUCUUUUCUCUCUUUGCAUAUCUCUGUCUGUCUCUCUAACCAUGUCUUUUCUCUCUCUCUUUGCAUGUCUAUCUGUCUCUCUCUUCUUCUCUCACUUUGCAUGUCUCUAUCUGUCUCUCUAACCAUGUCUUUUCUCUUUUGCAUGUCUUUCUCUCUUUUCUUUUGCAUUCUCUUUCUCUUUACUUUGCAUGUCUCUUUCUCUCUUUGUGUCUCUUUCUCUCUUUUGCAUGUCUCUUUCUGUCUCUCUUGCUUGUCUCUUUCUCUCCCUUUGCAUGUCUUUUCUGUCUCUUUUGCCAUGUCUUUUUCUCUCUUUGCAUUUGUCUAUCUCUCUCUCUCUCUUUGUCUUUUCUCUCUUUUGCUUUUCUCUUUCUCUCUUUUGCUUUUGCUUGUCUUUCUCUCUUUUGCUUUCUCUUUCUCUCUUUUGCUUUUGCUUGUCUCUUUCUCUCUUUUGCUUGUCUCUUUCUCUCUUUUGCUUUUGCUUGUCUCUUUCUCUCUUUUGCUUUUGCUUGUCUCUUUCUCUCUUUUGCUUUUGCUUGUCUCUUUCUCUCUUUUGCUUGUCUCUUUCUCUCUUUUGCUUGUCUCUUUCUCUCUUUUGCUUGUCUCUUUCUCUCUUUUGCUUGUCUCUUUCUCUCUUUUGCAUGUCUCUUUCUCUCUUUGCUUUUGCUUGUCUCUUUCUCUCUUUUGCUUUUGCUUGUCUCUUUCUCUCUUUUGCUUUUGCUUGUCUCUUUCUCUCUUUUGCUUUUGCUUGUCUCUUUCUCUUUUGCUUGUCUCUUUCUCUCUUUGCAUGUCUCUUUCUCUCUUUUGCAUGUCUCUUUCUCUCUUUUGUCUCUUCUCUUUCUCUCUCUCUAGCCUCUUUCUCUCUUUUUCUCUCUCUCUCUCUCUCUUUUAUGUCUCCUCUCUCUCUCUUUGCUUUCAUUGUCUUUUUCUCUCUUUGCAUGUCUUGUCUCUCUUUGCAUGUCUUUUCUCUCUCUCUCUCUCUCUCUCUUGCAUGUCUCUCUCUGUCUCUCUAGCCAUGUCUUUUCUCUCAAUUUGCAUGUCUCUAUCUGUCUCUAGCCAUGUCUUUUCUCUCUCUUUGCAUGUCUCUAUCUGUCUCUCUUGUCUUUUCUCUCUUUCUCUCUCUAUCUCUGCUUUUCUCUCUUUCAUGUCUCUAUCUCUCUCUCUAGCCAUGUCUUUUCUCUCUCUUUGCAUGUCUCUUUCUCUCUCUCUAACCAUGUCUUUUCUCUCUCUUCUCUCUCUCUGCAUGUCUCUAUCUCUCUCUUUUUCUCUCUCUUUCUCUCUUCCUCUAGCCAUGUCUUUUCUCUCUCUCUCUCUCUCCAUGUCUCUUUGUCUCACUUGUGUGUCUUUUCUCUCUCUUUGCAUGUCUCUCUCUCUCUCUCUCUUUGCUUGUCUCUUUCUCUCUUCUGCUUUAGCUUGUCUCUUUCUCUCUUCUGCAUGUCUUUCUCUCUUUUUUGUCUCUAUCUGUCUCUCCUGCCAUGUCUUUUCUCUCUCUCUUUGCAUGUCUCUAUCUGUCUCUCCCUAUGUCUUUCUUUCUCUCUGUCUCUCUCUCUGUCUCUCUAGUCUCUUUUUCUUUUGCAUGUCUCUUUCUCUCUCUCUCUGUCUCUUUCUCUCUUUGCAUGUCUCUAUCUGUCUCUCUAGCAUGUCUUUCUCUCUUUGCAUGUCUCUAUCUCCAUUCUUUUCUCUCUCUUUGCAUGUCUCUAUCUGUCUCUCUUCUUUCUCUCUUUUGCAUGUCUCUAUCUCUCUCUCUAGCCAUGUCUUUUCUCUCUUUUGCUUGUCUCUUUCUCUCUUUGCCAUGUCUUUUCUCUCUUUUGCUCUCUCUGUCUCUCUCUUUCUUUCUUUUCUCUCUUUGCAUGUCUCUAUCUUUCUCUUUUGCUUGUCUUUUCUCUCUUUGUUUGUCUCUUUCUCUCUUUGUCUUUUCUCUUUCUCUCUUUUGCAUGUCUCUUCUCUCUUUGUCUUUUCUCUUUUGCUUGUCUCUAUCUGUCUCUCUUUUGUGUCUUUCUCUCUUUCUUUUCUGUCUCUAUCUCCAUGUCUUUUCUCUCUCUUUUUGUCUCUUUCUCUCUAUUUUCUUUUUUUUGUCUCUUUUUCUCUUUUGUUUCUUUGUCUCUAUCUUCUCUUUGUCUCUCUCUUUGCAUGUCUCUUCUCUCUCUCUCUUUUUUUCUCUCUUUGCAUGUCUCUUCUGUCUCUUAACCAUGUCUUUUCUCUCUUUUUGUCUCUAUCUGUCUCUCUUUUGUCUUUUCUCUUUGUCUCUCUCUCUCUCUCUCUUUGUCUUUUCUCUCUCUUUUGCUUGUCUCUUUCUCUUUUGAUUUUUCUCUUUCUCUCUCUUUCUGUCUUUUGCUCUUUCUCUCUCUCUCUUUGCAUGUCUUUUCUGUCUCUUUGCUUUUGCUUGUCUUUUUCUCUCUUUUUGCUUUUGCAUGUCUCUCUCUUUUUUCUUUGCUUGUCUUUUCUCUCUUUGCUUGUCUCUUUCUGUCUUUGCCAUGUCUUUUUCUCUCUUUUUUUUGUCUCUUUCUCUCUUUUCUUUUGUUUGUCUUUUCUCUCUUUUUGCAUUUCUCUUUCUCUCUUUAGCCAUGUUUGUUCUCUCUCUUUUUUUUUGUCUCUAUCUGUCUCUCUAGCCAUUUGUCUUUUCUCUCUUUUGCAUGUCUCUAUCUGUCUCUCUAGCCAUGUCUUUUUUCUCUCUUUUGCAUGUCUCUUUCUGUCUCUCUAUUUUGUUUUUCUCUCUUUGCUUGUCUCUAUCUCUCUCUUGUUUUCUCUUUUCUCUCUUUUGCUUGUCUCUAUCUGUCUCUCUUUGUUUGUCUUUUCUCUUUGUUUGUCUGUCUCUUUCUCUCUCUCUAGCCAUGUCUUUUCUCUCUCUUUUGCAUGUCUCUUUCUCUCUCUUGCCAUGUCUUUUUCUCUCUCUCUCUCUCUUUGCAUGUCUCUUUCUGUCUCCCUUUUCUCUUUUCUCUUUGCAUGUCUCUAUCUGUCUCUCUUUGUCUGUCUUUUCUCUCUUUCUUUUGUUUGUCUCUUUCUGUCUCUUUUGUUUUGUCUUUUUCUCUCUUUUGCAUGUCUCUAUCUGUCUCUCUCCAUUUCUUUCUCUCUCUUUGCAUGUCUCUUUCUCUCUUUGUUUGUCUCUUUUCUCUCUUUUGUCUCUAUCUGUCUCAUUUCUCUUUUUGCUCUCUUUGCAUUUCUCUCUCUGUCUCUUUUGCCAUGUCUUUUCUCUCUUUUGCAUUUCUCUAUCUGUCUCUCUUUGCCAUGUCUUUUCUCUCUUUUGCAUGUCUCUAUCUGUCUCUCUUUCCAUGUCUUUUGCUUUUGCUUGUCUCUUUCUCUCUCUCUUUUGCAUUUCUUUUCUCUCUUUUCCAUUUUUCUUCUUUCUCUUUGCUUGUCUUUUCUCUCUUUGUUUGUCAUUCUCUUGUUGUCUCUUUCUCUCUUUUCUUUUUUCUCUCUUUGCAUGUCUCUUCUGUCUCUCUAUUGUCUUUUCUCUCUUUGCAUGUCUCUUUCUGUCUCUCUAGCCAUUCUUUUCUCUCUCUUUGCAUGUCUCUCUCUUUCUCUCUUUUUUGUCUUUUUCUCUCUUUUUGCAUGUCUCUUCUCUCUCUCUUGUCAUGUCUUUUCUCUCUUGCUUGUCUCUUUCUCUCUCUUUUGUCUUUUCUCUCUUUUGCAUGUCUCUAUCUGUCUCUCUAACCAUGUCUUUUCUCUCUUUUGCAUGUCUCUUUCUGUCUCUCUAGCCAUGUCUUUUCUCUCUUUUUGCAUGUCUCUUUCUGUCUCUUUUUGUCUUUUUUCUCUCUUUGCAUGUCUCUUCUGUCUCUUAGCCAUGUCUUUUCUCUCUUUGCAUGUCUCUUUCUGUCUCUUUUGUCUUUUCUCUCUCUUUCUUGUCUCUUUCUCUCUUUCUCUCUCUCUAGCCAUGUCUUUUCUCUCUCUUUGCAUGUCUCUCUGUCUCUUUUUUUUGUCUUUUCUCUCUUUGCAUGUCUUUAUCUGUCUCUCUAGCCAUGUCUUUCUCUCUUUGUUUGUCUCUUUCUGUCUCUCUGCCAUGUCUUUCUCUCUCUUUUGCAUGUCUCUUUCUGUCUCUUUGUCAUGUCUUUUCUCUCUCUCUCAUCUCUCUGCAUUUGUCUGUCUCUUUCUCUCUUUUUCUCUCUUUUUGCAUGUCUCUAUCUGUCUCUCUUUUUUUGUCUUUUCUCUCUCUUUGCAUUUCUCUUCUCUGUCUCUCUAG